GUAUAUUUAUUGAUUCUUUCAAUGUAUUUUCUAACAUAUUUAAAUGGAUAUCAUCUAAAACGAUUUGAUUUAUUAUCUGAUGAAUUAAUCCAAUUUAUAAAUGAUUAUCCAUCUGCUGGAUGGAAAGCAUCCAAACAAAAUCGAUUUAAAUCAAUAUCGGAUGUAUAUAAUACAUUAGGAUAUCAUGGUAUUCGACAUUUAAAACCGAAAAUUUUUCCAAUUAUAUCACAUGAAGAUAAAAAUAUUUCAUUACCUGAUUAUUUUGAUUCACGUGAACAAUGGAAAAAUUGUCCAAGUAUUAAUUUUAUUCAAGAUCAAUCAAAAUGUGAUUCUGGUUGGGCUGUAGCUUCAGCUGCUGCAAUCAGUGAUCGUACUUGUAUUCAAACGAAUGGAACACUAAAAGUACAACUAAGUGCUAUUGAAUUAAUUUCUUGUUGUCCAGAAAUGCAAACUGGUUGCCAAGUUGGAUAUUCUGAAUAUGCUUGGAAUUAUUGGAAGAAAAAUGGACUAGUUACAGGAAAUUCAACAGGUUGUCUACCAUAUCCUUUUCCAAAAUGUGAUCAUGAACAACCUAAUUCUUAUCCUAAAUGCGGUUUUACCACAUACAAAACACCACCAUGCAAAAAGGCAUGUCGUUGUGGAUAUCCGAUUCCAUACAAUGCUGACAAACAUUAUGGUAA